UUAGGCUAGGUCUACAUGUUUAUGUGGAGGACAAUGAUUGAAUCCACUGUAGAUUCAGCGCGCUCCUGCGCUCACUGAUGGUGCGUCGUUAUUCACUCAUUAUUCUCAUUAUAAGUGUGGCAAAGUAGGUAAUCUCCCUCCCCUGGUACUUAGAAACGGCCUAUCAGGGCUCAGUCAUUGCUUUAUAAAGGCUGUGAUUAGGCUACCUGGGAUGCGUCAUUGUUGGCCCCGCCCAUCCGGUACGUGUGCGCUUCCGCCUAACAAAGCUGGAGUCGCCUUUUUGCAGCUUGAAUAGCCCAUUAUUCCUGGCUUCGCUGUGGUUUUCAGGCUGUUCUUGCCACCUGGUUAGACUGAUUUCAUUCAAGUAAUCUUCUGAGACUUGUGCUGUGAGCAACUGUAUGAGGUGUGUGUAACGCUGUAGUCAAUACCUGUAGGACAAAGUUUUGGGAACGUCCGCCUGUUUUCGGGUGGGGAAGAUCGCCUCCUGCAUAAUAGCAGAUUAAAGACGGCGUUGCUGUUUUGUUGUUUUGCUGUUUUUGCUGUUUUGUUGUUUUGCUGUUUUGCUGUUUUGUUGUGCUCGUAUCAUUGUAUGGUUUUUGGUUAUUGUUUGUUUUCGUUACAAUUGAUUUUUGUUUGAUUGAUUUUGUAGUGAUUGUUAAAACUUUUGCUUUAAAUAUAUAUUUCUUUCCUUUUCAUUUCAGUUUUCUUUAAGUGACCAUUGUUCAUUUUUUACAUUUUGUUGUGUGUUUUGAUAAUUGUUUCAGUCAAUCAGGCUUUAGAUUAAUUUCGUUUUGUACAUUUGAGUAAUUUGUGUUCUUUGUGUUUUAGGCCCCUGAGUCGGGUGGCUAGCUGUCCUAGUAUCCUGGUGGUGGUGGUGUUUGGAGCACGGAGUGUGGAUUGUCGUUUGUAGUCACUCACCUCACUGUGUGUAUGUGUGUGUGUGUGUGCUUUUACGAAUAGCCACUUUUGCAGCUAGCCUACCCUGCUAGGGGUAAGCCUUCGUAAAACUGAUUAAUGUAUGCCUGGUCGAAUCAUAUCUUUGCCUGAUCUUUUAAAAGGUGUAUUUUCUACUUUGUGAAUUUAAUAAAUAGUUUAUACGCUAGUGCCUCUGUCUCUGCCUCCUAUGGUAACGAACCUGUGUGUCUAAAUUCCAUCAAGUAUUUAGUUCCCCUCACUUUAGAGGGGUGGCGUAGUCGGUAGUUAUAUUAUAAUUAAUUAACUUCAAGUUGCCACGCCACAUUCUGGCGUAGUCGGCAGGAUACCGUGUUUGGCGGAGACACUGGUAUUAGUGGUUGUGUUUUUUUGUUUUUUCUUUUAUUUUUCUGUUGCAGUGAGAUUGGUAAAGAGUAGCAGCAAAACAGCAGCGCACGUCUGGUGGAUUCUGAUUCUUUGUGAGUCUACUCCCUCUUGUUGGUAAGUGUUACGGCCGUCAAAAUUAUGGAAGAAGAGUUACAGGAAUUGAGGGAAGUAGUAGCUCAGUUGCGGGCAGAAAAUGAGAGGUUGCGUCAAGACCACUUUCUUGCGCUUCCUGGCCCUAGUGAUGCACCUUCUAUUGUUCCUGGUCCUUCUGUUGCUGCCCCCCUCAGCCAAGUAGUGCACAGGCAGUCCUGCCAGAACGAUUCGUUUUUGUACCUCGAGACAGGAAAUGUCAAAAAUUCAAUGGCAGGGUUGGUCUGAGCAUUGAUGAGUGGGUUGAAGAGGCCAAAGCUUGUAUGCAGGCUCGUCACCUGUCUGUUUCUGAUCAAGCUUUCUUCUUGUUUGACCACUUGGAGGGGGAGGCAAGGGAAGAGAUUAGGUACCGUUCGGAGAUUGAGCGAAAUGAUCCAGAUAAAAUUAUUUUGGUGUUACGGGAAUUAUAUGGUUGCUCACAGUCAUAUGUCUCAUUACAGGAGGCAUUUUUUUCUAGAAAGCAGCAGGAGGGUGAAUCAUUGUUGGAGUUUUCCCUAGCUUUGAUGGGUCUCCUAGAACGUGUGACGCAGCGAUCGCCGUAUGUUAUUCCAAAUUCACAAGUUUUGCUACGCGAUCAGUUCAUUGAACAUGUUUGUGACGUGGCCCUUCGCCGAGAAUUAAAACAGUUAAUACGUCGUCAGCCAAUGUUAACAUUGUUGGAAGUUCGAAGCGAAGCUCUUAGAUGGGAAAGGGAGGGAAUGUUGGGGAGUACGAGAGGACGAAGCAAUUUCGUUCCAUCCGCCUAUGGGAUUCAGUAUGGUGUACAAGGUGAGUCAGGGGUGGGUAGAUUUCCUCAGCGCUCUGAACUAGGUGAACUGAGGGAAAUGCUGAGAUCACAGCAAGAGCAAUUAAAUAAGCUAACUCAAAAUUUUGCUCUCUUGCAGGCCCCUCAGUCACGUAGUCAGCCUCCUCACCGCGGCCCCAUUAUAUGUAGGAGGUGCCAACGACUUGGCCACUUUGCUAGAGAGUGCGAUGGGGAGCGUGUUCCCCCUCGUCCACAACCCCCUUUGCCCACUGCGUCGUCAUCUGAGGGUAGACAGCCUGGUCCAUCUGCGUUGUCGGGAAACUAGUCCCCACCGUGUCGCCGAGCCAAGGCGCGGUUGGGGAAUUGACCGGCUCUAGUGUUUCAAGUAUGUCUCAUUUAAUGUCUUCAUGCCCGCACCUUGUUAUUCGAAUGGGUGGGGUCCAAAUUUCAUGUUUGGUCAAUACUGGCUCCAUGGUGUCCACAAUAACGGAAAGUUGGUUUCGUAAAUAUUUUGAACCAUGGGGUCCGGAUCGACUUAAGUCGUGCCAGUGGCUACAACUUCGGGCUGCAAACGGUCUUUCGAUUCCAUAUAUUGGCUACAUGGAACUGGAUGUCGAAUUGUGUGGGCAAGUGAUUUCGGAGUGUGGAGUGCUUGUUGUCCGGGAUCCUCCUGGUGGGAUUUGUGACCAAGUCCCAGGGGUACUCGGGAUGAAUGUCCUGAGCCGUUGUUACCAGGAGUUAUUUGGACAACAUGGCCCUGCUCUUUUCGAGUCUGCUGUAACCGUUGAGGCCCCUAGCUUUGUCAUGCAGGCACUUCAAUAUUGUCACCGUUUGGAAGACCAGGGUUCAGCAAGGCACCCUGGUCCGGUUAGGUUACGGGGUCGUGAGUCAUGUCGCAUCCCAGGUGGCACGAUGAAGUUUGUAGCAGCGACUUGUUCUGAACAAUAUGCAGCGGGGUUAGUACUGUUUGAGCCCCCAGAGUCUGGGUUGCCCGCGGGUUUGUUGGCUUCUCCAGCGCUGGUACAGGUCAUAAGAGGCACUGCCUACUUGCCUAUGGUAAAUGUGGGAACUGCGGAUGUUAUGCUGCAUUCUAAAACCGUUUUGGGAGUGCUAAAUAGUGUUUGUAUGGUAAGUCUGCCUGCUGGGGUAACUGAAGUGAAAUCUGUUGUAGCCACCGUAGGUUCCCAAGCCUUAGCUGCGACUGCCACUGUACAGGAACAGAUUGAAACAGUUGAUUUGUCUGUUUUGCCAGAAGUAGAACAGGGCCAGGUCAGGGCUCUUUUAUAUAAGUUCCAGUCAGUAUUCUCAUGCCAUGAUGGUGAUGUAGGAUGUACCAACUUGAUUUCUCAUGACAUUCCCUUGCUGGAUUCUGUCCCUGUUAGGCAGCGGUACCGGCGUAUUCCACCUUCGGAAUAUGAGGUGGUGAAGUCCCACAUUAACCAGUUGUUGGAGGCCAGCAUUAUUAGGGAGAGCUGUAGCCCCUACGCUUCUCCAAUUGUUCUUGUCAAAAAGAAAGACGGUACUUUGCGCAUGUGCGUUGACUACCGUCAGCUCAAUGCGAAAACAAGAAAAGAUGCCUUCCCGCUCCCGCGCAUUGAGGAAUCAUUGGACUCUCUGACAGGGGCCUGUUGGUUUUCCACUAUGGAUUUGGCUAGUGGGUACAACCAGGUCCCUGUCACUGACCAAGAUAGACCCAAGACUGCUUUUUGCACCCCUUUCGGGUUGUUUGAAUGGAAUCGGAUGCCCUUUGGGCUUUGUAAUGCCCCAAGUACCUUCCAGCGCCUAAUGGAACGGGUGUUUGGCGAUCAGCAGUGCAGUUCCUUACUACUGUAUCUGGAUGACAUCAUAGUGUUUUCUUCCUCAGUGUCUCAGCACCUAGAGCGGCUAGAAGUUGUCUUGAGUCGUCUGGAGCGGGAGGGGCUAAAGGCCAAAUUGAGUAAAUGUGCAUUUUUUCAACGGGAAGUCAGAUAUUUGGGACAUGUCAUUUCGGCGCAGGGAGUGUCUACUGACCCUCGGAAAAUUGAGGCUGUAGCUAAAUGACCAUGCCCCACCAGUGUGUCAGAAUUGCGUUCAUUCUUGGGUUUUAGUAGUUAUUACCGCCGCUUUGUGGAAGGGUUCGCAAAAUUGGCGGCCCCGCUGCAUAAGUUGGUGGCCGAAUGGACUGCCGGUAAGUCCAGGACUCGAAGGAGUCAUGGUUUUUCUGAUGCCUGGACUGAACAGUGCCAGCUGAGCUUUGCUGAGUUGAAAGGCAGACUUUCUACUGCUCCAGUGCUUGCUUACGCUGAUUUUUCCCAGCCUUUCAUCUUAGAGGUAGAUGCUAGUUAUGGGGGAUUGGGGGCGGUUCUAUCUCAGGAGC